UAAGUAAUCAGUAAAGUAACGGGAUUAUUUUUUUUGGGAAGUAAUCAGUAAUUAGUUACUGAUUACUUUUUUCAAGUAACUUGACCAACACUGGUGCUAACAGUGUAGCUCAGUGAGUUAACAACUACAUCAAAAACGUAGAAUAGAGCCCAGGGGUCGAUAAAAGUGGAGAAAUUGGUAUCAUACUCAAAGCAGUUCAUGGUAAGUCUGAGUUUCUUUGUAACCUGGAGAGGCAGGGCAGCAGAGAUGAGAAGGAUGAUAAGGGACUGCUCUGAAUGGGUGUCACAAGGAAAGCUUUACAGCAAAAACGUCUGGACUGGGAGCCAAGUGAACGACCUGAGGCUGGAAAACUUGUUUUUUUUUUGGUUUUGGGUUUUUUUUUUUGUUUGUUUUUUUGGAUGCUGGAGGUGCUUAAUGUUGACAGCCAAAUUGAUCUGGACAGACUGCACUGUUUUUUUUUUUAGAUUUAAUGCGAACCCCGUUGGUUUUAAAAAUCUACCAUUGAGAAUAGUGAAAUGCACUUACUGGACCCCCACAAACACCUGCUGAAAUGAUGAGGACAAAGAACAGGUUAAAGAUGGAUUUUAUAUUGAGUUUGGAUUGCUGAUUGUUGUGUGGUCUCUAUUUGUUUCAGUUGUUUUUUUCCUUCAUCAUGAUUUAUAAGUGGGAAAAUUCCUAUAUGAAGGAAAACCCUGCAAUACAAACAAAUACAAAUGAUUAUGAGAUCAUCUAAGCAAAGUAUACUAUCAGUAAUGUGUUCUUUAUCGUUUUUAUCAUUGUUGAUUGUUGUUGUUGUCCAUUUUUUCCUUCCCUGGCCUUAGGUAUCAGACUGUACUGCAGUUUUUUGGUGUUUUAUUGUUGUCAGGUGUGUGUCAGCUGCUGAACACCUGACCUUGAGCGGAUGCUAAGCAGGGAAGCAUCAUAUGGACGGCUAACAGGGCUAACAUGUGCAGAGCUUGCAGACCACGGGACAGCACACUGUACUCAUAUUUUAGCUCUUAGCUUCUUGCUGCUUUGCGUAUCUUUCUCCUCCAGCUCGUCCUCCUCUCUCUUUAUUAAGCUUUGUUUUUCUUUUGACUUCCAUGCUCAUUUUUCCUCCCCUUCCACUCCUCCUUCCAGCCCCUUAGUCCUACUGUCGUCUAUUUUUAGCUCCUCGUGUGUUGAGCAGAAGAGGUGCGUGAAAGCAUGGGAGUGUGUCUGGAUUGCGGGGGAGAAAGGUGCAGGCUGGUGUGCGUGUGUGUGACUGUGUGGGUAUGUUUGGGUCUCCAUCACGCUACACCAAAUUGCCCACCACGAGGCACACUCUGCAGUCUUCAGACAGUCAUUAGGAGUAGGAUGUUGACAGUGCUGGGCUAGAUAUGACAGUAAUUACUACGUAAUGAAGCUGCUAAAUUUAGUGCUCUAUAUUGAGUAAUUCAAUUUAAUCCUCACAUUAUGUGGUUUAAAAUAACUCGCUGCUCAUGUAUACAGAAUCAGGACACAAACAAGUUCACUGACAAAGUUUUACUAAAAGUGCAAACAUUCAGAAAUAUGGAAGGUAUUAAACCAACCUGAGAAUGUCAUGAGAAAUUAAGUUGGUGCCAUGUAGCAGUGUAGAUGUUUAGUACUUCCUUCGCUUCCUCCCUGCCUUAAUAGCCACAGAUAAUGAUUGACUCUUGAAAUUAAACAAUCAUAGUAUAGCCAAUCAUCCUUAUGCAGAUCACAAACAUGAUGAUCUUACCUCUGUUCAUAAACUGAUAAGUUGCAUUGAUGACAUAAACUGUUGGAUGUCUUGAAACUUUUUAGAGCUGAAUAGAGUCUCUGAAACCUUGACAGUAUUUUAGACAGUGAUCUCAAUUUAGAUCUCAUUAUUUUAGAUUAUUUUAUUGUUGUAUUAUUUGUAUUUGAAGGAUUAUCCAAAUUAUCAGUAGGACAAUUCACUCAGAAUGCAUCAGCCCAGUGUCCUUACAGUUACAUGGAAAUUUGAACAUAUUACUCCUGUACUGAAGUCACUGCACAGAUUCCCAGUUUGUUACAGAAUUACCCUUAUAAUCUUUGACUUGCUCAGUGUCUGUAACCCAGUCAGAUCUCUCAGGUCAUCAGGUGCAAAACUUGUAACUGUCCCCAGAAUUAGAUCUAAGUGUGCUGAUGGUGCUUUAAGUUCCCAUGGACCUGUUCAUUGGAACAAGCUGCCUGCUGACCUGUUAUCAUUAUAAACCUACACGGAUGUUUUAAUCUUCUGCGUUCAGUGCAUUGAAUUGAAGUAUAAUGAAAUGUGCUCUAUAAAAAAUGCCAUUGCCAUUAUAUACGUCACAUAAAUACUUAAAGGAACAUGUUGUUUUGCUAACAUAGCAAUAUUGUAAAGGUGUUAUUUUUUUAUAGAAAUUGUAUGACAUUUUAACAUUACACUGUCAUUGUUCAGUUAUUUAGUGCAAAUGAACACCAUUGUUAAACAAAACGGUAAAAUUUGAAUUUCAAUGUACUGAUAAGCCCCCUUUUUCUUGUUUUUGAGACAGUAAAACUUGGACAUCAAAUCUGAAACAACCUUCUUACGUAGGAUUCCCUUUUUAAUCAGAAUGAUUGUAGUCAGAAAUAAAAGUAAUAAUAUAAUGUUAAGCUUACUGAUAACACUCAGUCUUAAUUAUUUCUAACAAUCAUCAGAAGCAGAAUAAUUUAGCUAUGAAAGUCAGUAUUUCAGAAUGAUUAGAUUUGACCGAUGACCUUUAAUUUCAGCAUGUUAUCAGGAAUGUCUUGUGAGCCCUCGGCUUCCUGUGGAAAAGUUUCUGAGCUUUAGUUGACUUGGAGGUCCAUUGGGGAUCAUUGCGGUCCCCACUUGUUAAAACCAGUGCUAAUACUAAUUCCUAUUUGACUGCCAUUCCAUUUUUAAUGUCCACAUGAUGUUGCCAGUUGUGUCUCUUGGAACUCAAAAUUUCUUUAGAAACCUCUUAAUCAUGACUUAUUGUUAGUUUGGUGUAAGGAAAUAAUUACGUGUCUUUUAUAGCCACGUUUGCGUCUUGGCUGUAAAGGCAGGAACUGCAUCUGUAUGGCAGCUGAAGCUUAUUUUGAAGCUUAGUUGUUACAGAGUUCACAAAAGUUUAAAACUAAAAUUUGUUUUUUGUUUGUCUGCUUUGUUUUUGCAACCACUUUGGUAGUCUUGUGUUGAAUCAUGUGAUUUUUGGGAGAAGGUGAUUUAUUUGUGUUGUGCAUUAAUAUUAUAUUAUUGUGUAUAAUGCAGAUAUAAACAUUUGAUGAGAGACAAUAACAUUUGAGUUUGGCCUUCUUUUCUGAAUUUGAGUUGUCCCCUGUUGAGUAGUGUUACAUGCAGAUUUUAAACCCAUAUAUUUAACACCUGGUUUAACUUGUGUACAGGGUUGUGCAUCUAUUGGCCUAUUGAAAUCUAAAGCUGUGGUGGGGCUGUUGGUUCUUUAUUUGUUUUUUCCCUGUGUGGAUUGCUCCAAGAUUAAUAAUAGAAAUAUUUCCUGUAAGCUGUACUAAAACAUGUGGUUAUUGUUUUCAGCAGCGCUUUACUUACAAAUGCUGUGUACUGGGGUCUAGAAAGAGACUGGGCAGAUUCUUGCUGCCUGAUUGCCUGUGUUUGUGGGGGGAUGAGAGAUUUUAAAAGUCAAAUUCACAAGUUCUGUGUUACAAUGAAUGUUUCUAAUUUUAGCAGUGUGAAACAUCAUGUUUAAGUCUUGGGGUGAUUAUGAGAAACACUGGCACCAAGGAAAAAAAAAAAGAACGGGGAGGAGUGGGAGGGUGGUGGAAGGAGGGCAGCCUCGUGUCUUUGCAGUUGAUCAUUGGUUGGAACCACUGGGAAGGGGGUGGUGCCUCAGUGCCACUGUUUCUGUAGAGAGAGGCAGAGAGAGCGAGUAGUGUGAGAAAGAGACAGCAAAGGAGAAUAAAUGAACACUGGGGGUUCUCCCAGCCUGCCUGCCUGCCUGCCUGAUUUCCACUACAGACAAAGGUGAUGCCCUUCCCAGCUGAGGUGGGCGUGCGUGCAUUUUGAAUACCGGUCACCUCGCACACCUUCUUCAACCUCACAGCUCAAGGCAUUCUGCUGUGAUCUUUCUGCGAAGGACUAGACAGAAACUGAGGCAAGAGCAAGCAGAGAGGCGGAAACAGCAGCAAGAAAUCAGAGCUGGAGGAUAAGAAACGGGGGGGAAGAGGAAAGACAAGCAAGUUAAUGGACUGAAUAAAAAUGAUGCUUAAUCUUUCAUGUAAAUUAUGUAUGCAGCACAUUAAACAAUAAUGUCUCCUCACUGGAAGCUGUGUCUGUGACUCUGUGGACUGUAGACAGAAAAGAGAGAGAUUCAGUCUGGGAUUUCUGCAGCUGCAGCAGAUGUUGAUGACAUCUCAGACUAUAUAGGGAAGGGAGGCAUUUCAAGCAAGUCGGACUGGAAUUCCUUAAAAGUCAAAUUUUUGUCUCUUUGCUCUUCUUUGUGCCUUCAACUGGGAAUUUUGCAGUACCGAAACAGGAAAAAGAAAAGGACCCGUAUUGCAUCAUUUGGAAACCUUAACAGCCUGCUCUGAAGACAAUUCCUGGGGACUUUCUCACCUUUUUAUGGUCUUUCAGUCUUUCAUUCAUUUGAAAUGAUAAACGCCAGCAGUCUCAUUAUGGAGCACUGCAUUUGGACUGAAACCAUACAGCUUCUGUGAGCUCUACCCAGCGACCGGGCAAAGUAGUGGCUUCUAGGAUUUACUGUAUCCUUGAAGAGCCCUUCGGACAGAUAUUUCUGCCCAAGAUGAUGAAUUCCUCGCUGGAUCCACUGAACCAGAGCUCUGCUGACUUCUCAAACUCAUCUGCUCCCUUUUGCUUACUUGAGAUAGGCUAUUCCCAGAUUUUCACGACCUGCCUCCUUGAAGUUUCGAUCAUACUUCUCCUGACUGUUCUCAUUAUUUCUGGUAACCUAGUGGUGAUUUUUGUGUUUCACUGUGCCCCUCUGCUCAGCCAGCACACCACCAGUGCUUUCAUCCAGACUAUGGCAUAUGCCGAUCUGCUGGUGGGAGUCAGCUGCCUUUUCCCCUCCCUGUCCCUACUGCAUCAUCUUCAGAGCUUCGAUCCCAAACUCACCUGUCAGGUGUUCGGGUACAUGGUAUCUGUUUUAAAGUCAGUUUCAAUGGUGUCUUUAGCAUGCGUGAGUGUAGACCGCUACAUCGCCAUCACACGGCCUCUGACUUAUGCAUCCCUAGUGACACCUUGUCGAGUGCGCUGCUGUAUUGUGUUGAUAUGGCUUUACUCUGCUCUGGUGUUUCUCCCAUCUUUUCUUGGAUGGGGGAAACCUGGUUAUCAUGGCGAUGUUGUGGAGUGGUGCGCAGUGGAAUGGAGGACAAGUCGGGCUUUCACAACCUUCAUUGUUACGCUGCUCUACGCUCCAGCUGCUCUAACUGUCUGUUUCACUUACGCAAACAUCUUCAAGAUCUGCCGACAGCACACCCGAGAGAUCAGCGAGCGCCAUGCACGUUAUGGACCUCAGCAACUGCAGGGCCCAAGAAUCGCAGUUGGCUCUGUGGUCAAGGACAACAGUGCAGUAGAGCAAGGACAGUUACCCCACUUGUCCCAACCCCAGUAUCAGCAGUCCACAUCAGCAUACCCAGACAGACGUUAUGCUAUGGUGUUGUUUCGCAUUACUAGUGUGUUUUAUAUCCUUUGGUUGCCCUACAUCCUCUACUUUCUGUUGGAGAGUGGAGGGAUCUACCACCACCCUGCAGCAUCAUUCCUUACCACAUGGCUGGCUAUUAGUAACAGCUUCUGUAACUGCCUCAUUUACAGCCUCUCCAACUCUGCCUUCAGGAAGGGCCUCAAACGUCUCUGCUCUUUCUGUUUGCAGCGCAGCGGCAGCAACUAUGGGGUUAGGAACACCAAAAAGGCUUUUUUUGGUUCUGCUGAAAAGGGGUGGGGAUAUGGUCAUGGGGAGAUGAGAACUGGUACAACAUGUCACGUGUAGGGUAAAUACUUUUGCCAAAUUGGCAUUUGGACACGUAAGAAACGGCUGAAGUGAUGGCUGUUAAAAUGCUGCUAAAAUGUGCUGUAAAGAGAUGGAACAAGGCGUUGAAUAGCCUAUGCUGUUUCUGUUGCAUUUGGAAGUUAGACAAGCAUCCUCUCUGCACAAGCCACAGCUGGCAAGUAGAAUAAGUCGAGAGUAAAUCUAUGAGAAAAAAAAAAAAGUGGCUCUUCAUGAUGUUUUAAAAUGGUCAAGGACAGGCAUGAUAGGUGGAGGGGGGUUGAAAUAAGGAAAAAAAAAGUAUAUGAGAGCCGUAGACGUAAAGUAACUUGAGGAUGAACAAAAGGUUUAUCUACCAGUGUUCCUUUUUUAAGUGAAUCCUUAAAUUGUUAUAACAAAAACCCUUACCGAAACUGUGUUGAAAAACUAAAUGUGCCGUUUCUGAAAUAAAGUGAUUUCACUUCAUUUGCCAGAUCAUCGUCACAUAAGUAAUACUGAAUGAAGCGCAGGAUAGAUGAAUGCAAACAGAACAAGUGACUUCUGUGAUUAAGGAUCGAUGUACUGAAGCUAACUGAUAACAACCAGCUCGUUAAUUAUGGUUUUCAGUCCUCAUACCAUAAAUCAGUGUUAAAUAUGAAAAAUGAUGCAACUUUUUUUCUUUAAAUAUUUGUUGUCUCUUGUCGCUGAAGGAGUAGGUAGGUGUAGACCCACCUAGAUUUACCGACUUUGAAUUUUAGAUUAACCUAUUUAUUGAUGUUGCUCACAAAUGUCUUUAAAUGAUUUGUGAGUUUGCACACUACAUCCAUUUUCUUUGUAAUAUAGUAUGGUAACCAGCUUUGGCAUAUGACUGUUAACCUGAAAAAUGCAGAUGUAAUGAUUAGUGAAUAUCUCUUUCAAGUAAUAUGUCAUUGCACCUUUGUUAUGAUUAUGUAGCAAAUGUGAUUUUGUGUUUCUGGGGCACUGAAAGGCCGAGGAAGGAUGUAUUAUUGCACUUAUUUUAUAUUGAUUAUUGGUACAUCUUUGGGCUAAUUUUAUUUAUUUUUUAAGAGAUUUUUCGUGUUGGUUAGAGGAAAAACAAAGAAGCAAAGAAAAAAAAACACAACUAUAUUUUCAACCACAAAAGCCUAAACUUAUUAACUUUUUUUAAGGAACUGAACAUUUUCUUUGGGCUGUUCCUAAUGACUAUUGUUCUUUAAAGAUUUUUAUGAUUGCGAGACCGUCUGACUGAAAUGCCAGAAGUACUUGACCAGUCAAAAAUUUUCAGUGCUCCGAGCCUCACCCACAGUUACUGUCCAAGAGCAUUUACAUUAGCAUUCAUAUGAAUAACCAUUCAACUGUGAGCCUUACCCCUUAUCUUUUGGAUUGGUAGGAGAAACAAUCCUAUGACAUCCUGAGUCAGAUAUUUGUAACAAUCUCAAAUGAUUCCUUUUUUUUGUUUUGUUUAGUACAAUCUUAGAUGUUUGCUGUGUUGUGACUGCGACUGCAUUACUGUGCCUGCAUUUGGGAUCUAGUACACGUGUACGCAAACGAACAGGGAUCACAUGCAAUCAGAACAGACAAAUAGCCCAUUCACUCUGCCAGCAGGCUUACCUCUGUGCGGCAACAAGAAGAGGGACUGGUUGUGUGCAUACCGUCCUAAGCUCUAAAUUUGCGAGGAAUUACUUUUGCGAUGAGCUAUGGAGUCUUCUUUUAUGCGUUUGGUUAGCUAGAGAAAUUCGAGCUUUAUACAUUUUAUUUAAACUACCAAAGAGAGUUCAGUAGGUAUUCGUGGAUAUUUUUCCACUUUUCUCUAGUGUAUAAAAGAUCAAUGCUAGUGGAUUUUACUCAAAGUUUGCGGUGGGUCGGCGAUGCCUUGUGUGCAUGAAUAUGACUGUUUCUCAGACUACUGAGAUAUAUCGUUGCCUUGAUAGAAACACGAUUUUAAACUGUUGGGAAAUGAUUUCCUCUAACAGCUAGAGAGGGCUCUGUUUAUUAACACUUGGCUGUUUUUGGAAGGCACAAAUUGUCAAUUGUACGCAUGUACAGAAAUGAAAAUGUCAGGUCCACAUUCACUGCGGAGUAACCUGAAAUAUAUUUGCAAAUUAUACUUAUAUUUCACAAGUUCACUUUUGUCAUUGUUUAUCUGUUCUGUACAAUCAAAAUUAACCAGGAGUGAAAACAUGACUGAGAACAAUUUAAACAAUUUUUUAUUUUAUUUAUUUUUUUCUUUUGCAUUUAUUCAUUCAUGUGUGCUUGUUGUGUAUGAGAGUUUACAGAUAUGUCAGGAUGCGACCAUUGGUUGAAUUUGGACUGUUUAAGAUUUUCCAGCAAGGGUGCUACUGAAGCUUUCCCCUUUGCUCAUUUCUUUAUUAGCUGCACUUCCCUCAAGUGUUUCCCCUCUGUGCGUUGUGAGUAUGAAGUAUUGUGGUGGUAGAUAGAUUCACAUGUUGUCUUUAAAUACUGUAAUCUGCGUAGCAAUGCCAAAUAUUGUAAUCUUUCCUAUUUUUGUUUCAGUCUCUAAACAAGUGUACAAUAUUGCCGUACUGAAUGUUUGAUUGUUAAACUAUACAAAUUUCUUUUCUACUCACUUUUUUCCUUUUGUUCUUGUAAAGUGAUAAAUGUUGCGCAAUCUAGGUAGGAUUAGCAGCAUGCUUACUGAUUAAAAAGACUGAAGUUUGUUUUUAGAUAUUUCUGUUUAAAUUUUCUGCUGUAAACACAAUUUGUAAAGACUGAUGGCUUUUAAAGUUGACUAAUUUAAAACUAUAAAACUUAAAGGUACAGUUUUGUAAAUUGUAGCGUGUAAUGGUGACACAUCAUUGAUCUUGCGUACACAUUCAGUCUGUCUUGUGGGAAAAUAAUCACUUCCAUGUUCUCAAGGACAUGACACUGGUGACUAUGAGGAACAACUAUGGCACGCUGGGUAAGAUUUUAAAGAACAAGAGGAAAUGUGGCCGCUACAGCUGGUUUAGGAAGUCAUUUGUAGCUUAAAUGCAGCAUUCUUCUGUGAGAGAGAGGAAAAGAAUUGUUGGUGGGCACAAUAGUAAAUGAGCACAUAGUUCACCUGCAACAGACUGAUUAGUAAACUCAGAAAGGUCAUGAAAAUGUAUUCAGUAGAUGCAAAGAAAGAAAACUAAAAUGACUCUGAACAUCCAGAAGCUUAUAUCCUUUUCUUUGGCUGUAAUCAAAGCGCAUUUGAAUAAAUUUAAAUGUCUUUAUGAGCAUACAGCGUCUUUGUCUUUUGUCCUAAUGAAGUCACAUACCUUAAUGGGUAAAAGUGUCAUUUAUUGGAUUUUUUUCACUUGGAUAAACAAAUCGUUUGUCACGGAAAAGGUUAAUGAUAAAGUGAUUUGUCCAAUUCCCGUCACAGGUACGAUUCCGCUAUGACUGAAAAGGCAAAGAUAGCGUUAGUACGUUGGUGUUUCUAUAGUUAGUGAGGAGUACAACUACCUGUUAAAAUGGUGGUGAAGACAUAUUGUUGAUUUGUUUCAGGGCCUCUCUUAACCGCAAUUUACCAAUCUUAGAAGUCUUUGUGUCGCCUUGAGACUGGCUUUGUAUUUUUAGUUUAAAAAUUAUUUUUUACCCUUUAUUUGGCCCUGCACGUGUCAUCUACAUUUCCCUCUUGUAGUCUGAUAGUGUAAUCAGCAAAUUAGGGCUAACCCACAUUCAAAACUGUGGGUUUUUUUCUUGUAAAUUACUCGUCUGUUAUCAUCAUUGUUAUGGAGGGUUUUCUUUCCCCGGAAAAUUAUCAAGAUCAUUUUAUCGUCCUGCUUUAGUCAAAACAGGCAGUGUCAUUAAAGGCUGACUUAUGAUGCAGCUGUUUUAAGGAACUGAUUAUUUUAAAUACACAAGAGGAACCUGAGCACUGUAAGUGAGGUGUAUUCUGGAAAGCUUCCAAAGUCAAGAUUUUUACUCUUGCCCACAUUGAACACUGAAUAAUGCAUGUAAUGAACAGUCGGAACUAUGUAAGUUUCAGAUUGAGAAAAUAGAGCCACUCCAUUUUUAAAAUAAUGCUAAAAUGCAAAAUAUUUUAUUUGCCAACGGUGUUGAAUUUCUGAUGAGGUUUGCGUGAGAUGUUAGCUUUUGUGAAUCAUGAAUGUGGGGAUAAUUUAAAUGUUUUUUUUUUGCUGCUGGUGGACGUGAGAUUCUUCUGAUUUACUCAAUGCUUUGUUGCCAUGUUUUUGUAGCAUUUUUGUGCAUUGUGUAUCUGUACUAGGCAAAUAAAUGUGAUGUUAUUUCAGUCUAUUCAACUGAAUCUGAACUAAAACAAGGAGAAUUGAGGUUAAAUUUUGAAUUUUGUUGUUGAUUUCCCAAGUUUUCACUAGUCAAAAUGUCAGAUCUCUCGAAAAGCAGCAUAUUUCUGCCUGCAGCUAUUCAGCUGAAUUUGAAUGCUGCUGAAACUGAUGUAAAAUAUGUGGCAGUUGACAUUACUUGUUCUUUUGUCAUUUCUAUUCUGAUGAGAUUCAUAUUUUGUCUGCUCUCCUUUUGCUGAGGCAGUGAAUCCAGUGCACAAAUGGCACAGAAAGUAGGGCAUGAGACAGACUAUUAAGAUUUAAUUAUGGCUGAUGCUAAGGUGAGGAAACUGCACUAUGGGAAGCCUAAGCAAGUGUUAUUUACCAGUCAUUUUAAAGAAAAGAGAAGGAAUCACUGAAUUCAUCUCAGUUAUAUUUACGUUGUUUUUUUUACGUUUUUUAAAACAGGACAGUAAAACAUUCACCAUUUAUUCUUCCAUUUACAUUUAAAUCAAGUUAAAUAAUCUAAAUGCAGCACUUUGUAUUAUUUUGUUCAGGGUGAAAGGUUUAUGGCAAGCUUGAUAAAUAUCACGCCAUGUUCUCUUGGUGUCUUGGUAGGGUCCUUUAGGAGCAGAGAAAGAAUAACAGAGUGACAUGUCAGCUAUUGUGUUGAGUCAGAGAAAAUCGGGGACGUAAACAAUAGAGAGCUAGCUAUUCAGCCUUCUCACGGAAGCUCUAGUCUAGUGCUUAACUCCAAGCUUUAGAUUCAUGCACACACACACACACACACACACACACACAC